AUGUCUCCACCCCACUCUCCGAAAUCCGUGCAGACAGAAACCUCCGCCCUCCUUCCUACACCUCCUCUUCCCGCCAACCGCUCCCUCAACACCCCAUCAUGGUAUUCUCCCAUACGCCGCGUACUCUUCACCUCUUUGCUCCUGGCCAUGACCUUCAGGCUCACUCAAACUACCGUCAUCUACGCUUUCCGGGUCAUGACCUGCGACGAAUACUACAAGUCGCACGAUUGGGUGGGGGAAAGGGGGGACGACAAAUGUUCGCUACCAAAGAUUGAAGCAGAGAGUGCUUCACAUGUGGCGUUGAUGAGCAUGAUGACAACGAUGGGGACAAUCGGCAACCUCUUCUACGCGACCUGGUUCAUCAAAAGGCACGGAUGCAAAGCUACCGUCUUUCAACAGACCCUUUGGAUCGCCCUUCGUAAUCUUGCCGAUAUAUACGCAAUCAACACAGGCGGUAGUCGGGGUAUCAGAAUCAUCCAGGCGUCACAAUUAUUGAACUUUCUGGGUUCUCCCGGUGGGAUCCAGAUUGCUUGCAACAUGUAUAUUGCAAUCCUUGCAAAGGCGGAGGAUCGGACGGCAAAGUUUGGCGUCCUGACUGGUAUCGUAUUCUUGGGGUCGUCAAUCGGGUUUUCGGCUGGCGGUCUCCUUUUCUUCCCCUGGCUUGGCCUCAUCGGCCCAUUCUACGCCGCUUUCGGCUUCCUUUGCUUUACCACCCUCACCGGGUCUCUCUUUCUCCCCAAUAUACCUCCCGAGGACUCACAAGACCGUGACGUCAAAAAGAAGAAGAGAUCUUUCCUCUCUCCACUCAAGAUCUUCAUUCCUACCAAACACCUCGUUCGAGGCGCGGCAAAGAGAGACUACAACCUGCUUUGGCUGGGACUCGGGGCGUUCUUCAGCGUACUCGCGACUGGUUAUGUUCAUAUAGGUCUGCAGCUUGUGGGGACGAGUGUCUUUCGGUUCCUUCCUGGUCAGAAUAGCAUAAUGCUUUCUCUCAAUCUUAUGGUCAAGGCACUCUUCCUUUCGAUAUGCUUCCCUCGCAUCAUCAAACACGGUCGCCGCUGGGUUUCUCGACGCCCCACUCUCUCUGCACCCCCUCCGAGAUACUAUCAUCCCGAGGAAGCGUCCCAGGUGGAAGAGCCUGAUCCAGCCAGCUUCCCUCAACGAGACCUCCCUGCCUCCCCUGCCGACAAACCGCACGGUUCGAUCUUUGACCUCCAUUUCCUCCGCUGGUCCAUCUUUGUAGACGGGGUGCUCACAGCCCUGACAGCAUUCAGUACCAACAACUGGCAUCUGUACCUGGCGGCAGGAGUCUUACCCUUCGCGAGCGCGACAGGAUCAGCUUGUAAGGGAGUUAUGAUGGACCUUCUUGUUGAUCCAGAGCAGAGGACGGAUGCGUUGAGCGCGAUAGCACUGGUGGAGAAACUUGCACAAGUGUCGACGAUCUCAGUAUUCGGCUUUGUAUUCGCGGCCUUAAGCGAGAGAGGACACCCAGCUCUCGUCUUCUUCAUCAACGGCUGUACGGCAAUGGUAGCAUUCAUGUUCACCCUCUUUGUGCAAAUGCGAACCACCGGAAAAUGUACUUGA